AUGUCCUCCUCUCCAAAGCUGAUCAUUGCUGUGACGGGCGGUUGUGGCGAUAUCGGCCUCGGCAUCGUCAAGCGUGCCCUCGAGGACGGCCACACUGUCGUCGCCAUCGACCACAUCAACCCGGACCUCGCCCACGGCAAGCUGCCCCUGCACGAGCGCAUCACCUACCAGCAGGCCGAGCUGGCCAACUACGACGCGUUCCUCGAGGCCGUUCGCGGGUGUGAUGCCCUCGUCCACCUCGCUGCCGUCUACUCACUGCAGGACCCAAAGAACCCAGACGGCCCCCUCCUGCGUGAUAUCCCAGAGCAUGUUGUCCACAACACCAACACGGCACUGUCAUGGAACGCCCUCAACGUCGCUGCUCAGCUGGGCAUCAAGCGUGUCGCACUGGCAUCGAGCGUGAACGCCGUCGGACUGAUCUUCUCCAAACACCCUCGACUGGACUACCUUCCCCUUGACGAAGCGCACCCAUGCUACCCGGAGGAUGCCUACUCGCUCUGCAAGGUGGCUGUCGAGCAGCAGGGUGCGACUUUCGCUCGCAAGUAUCCCGACAUGCGCAUCGCCACCAUCCGCCCGCACUGGGUUGUGACUGACGAGCUGGGUUACGACCCCGUGCUUCUGGACUCGCUCAAGGGAGCCGUCAAGGACCUCUGGGGCUGGGUCACCAACUCUGCUCUUGCGCGCGCGUUCGUUCUCUCCCUCACGGUCCCCGAGAGCCAGUUCCCGUGCGGCCACGAGACCUUCUUCACGGUGGCCCCCACUAUUGCUCAGCAAACGAGCAGCAUGGAGCUUGUCAAGAAGCACUUUCCCGAGGUUACAGACUUCCGUCGCGAGUACAAGGGCAACGAGGGGUUCUAUGACUGCAGCAAGGCUGAGCGGCUGCUUGGGUGGACAGAGAGGGCGUUCCCCUGGACUGGCGAGAGUGCGUAG